UUCUAGGAUACUACGAGAUGCGGUAACGAGGAGGAAUGGCUUUGCAAUGGCUUGAGGUAAGUUAUUUAUGACCACUAGUAAUAUUUUCUAACAGUUAGUAGGAGUGUUCUUUCAAAACCACAAUUUCUACGCAGGCAUCUACUACCCAGUGGAUGCCGGUUACACAAAUGGGGAAGGGUUCUUAGCUCCAUUUAGGGGCCAAAGAUACUAUGUGCAAUAGUGGGCCGAAGGGACAGUUGCACCUCGUAAUGUUGAGGAACUCUUCAACCUUAGGCAUUCAAUGACUAGGAAUGUUAUAGAAUGUUGUUUUGUCUUACUCAAAAAUGGCUGGGCUAUCCUAAGGACUCUUUGGCACUACCUAGUACGCACACAAUUGAAUCAUUAUUUCAUGUUGCUUGUUGCAUAAUUUGAUUAGAAAUGAAAUGUCUUUUGACCUAGUGGAAGAUGAGUUGCCAGAAGAUGGUCAAGCCGAUGGUCAUGGUGAUAUAGAAUCGGAUGUCAUCGACAUGGUUGACACAUCUAAUAAAUGGAAUGCAUUUAGAAACCAACUAGCCAACAAUAUGUACAAUGAAUGGUAUGAGAGUAGGGGUGGCUAAAUGCUUUACCAUUUUUUUAGUAACAGACCAAUUAAGUUGUAUGUAUUUAAUUUGGGAGAAUUAAUGUCAACUAUUUGUGUUUUCUUAUGAUUACUUUACCCAAGUAAUAUAUAUUCGUGUGUUUGUCGGUUAUUUAAUGGUCUUUGGUUUGUACGUAUGUAAGUAGGUCAUGUAAAGUGUUGGUGCCAGUAGCCAAGGUCCACGCUGAACAUGGAUAGUUGCGGAGGAGACUUUUCUGAUUCAAGCAUUUAAAGAACAUUGUGUCAACGGAUGGAAGUGUUAUCUUCAAACAUUAGAGAACAAUUUAAAGGAAGCAUUUCCAACGGCUGACCUUAGGGCAUCACCACAUAUUGAGUCGAAGAUCAAAGCAUGGAAAAAAUAGUACAACUCUUUGUUUUCAAUGCUAAGCACAUUCGAUUUUGGAUGGAAUGAUCGCGAGAAGAAAAUGGAUGUUUAUGGUGAAGAUAUAUGAGUGGAGUACUUGAAGAUUUUAUUACUCACUUGCAUCCAUUAAUAAUAAUAAUCCUAGAUAACUUGUAUAUAUUAUGCCCUAUUAAUGUUUCUAAUGACAAUGUAGAAAGACAAGAAUGUGAAGGGGAUGCGUGGUAGAUCAUGACCAUUCUAUGAUGAUUGAGUCCUUAUAUUUGGGAAAGAUAGGGCAACAUGUGAGUUUGCCCAAGGACUAGAGGAAAUGAUUGAAGAUAAUUCAGCUGCUGGGGAUGUCCCUGAUGAUGCCAACUUAGAGGUUCAUCCAACUAAGGGAACAGAUGUUGUUCGCCACUCUCAAAGUGUAACUCUGGGUAGGGAGGGUGUGAAUAUAUGUAAGGUAUUUGGUGAUUACGUUGUUUCAAGCGACAACCAACUAGCAAGCAUUGCACAGAAAGUAGGCUACGAGCAAGAUGCAUCUACACGUAGACGUGCCAUCCUAGUAGAGUUGUCAAAAAUAGAUGGCCUUACAAUGGCACACCGCCAAGAGACAACAUACAAAAUUGCUUCAGAUAACAUAAAAAUUGACAUUUUCUUUAGCUUGUCAGUGGAAGAGCGAGCAGUUUGGUACACAAUGAAGCUACCCGACAUGAUUGAGGAUGAAGUUGAUGUCAUGUUAGAGUUAUUAGUUGAUUUUAAGAAUCGCGGGAAAUUACCUAUACUUGAUGCACUGUUUACAUGUAUACGACGAAGGAUGCCUAGGUUUCAUUUGUCAUUGAGUGAUAUGUUGAGGGUUGGGUUGAAACAACAAGAUGGAGUGGAUAUUUAUUACUUCCUUCAUUUGGUGAGGAGCAUUUCCAAAGGCCAAGAAAUGAGUACUGCUUGUCUUGGUGCAGAAAUUGGUGACCUUGAACUGGACGAUGAAAAUUUGGAAUUGGGUUUGUCCCCAGAGCAUAUUUCUAGUUUUGGUAAGCCUGUAUUCAAAGAUAGUGCUGAAUUUGAUAUUGACAUAGACAAUCAAAAAAUGGAAGGGAUCAAAACUAGUGAAUCAAGUUGGGAAAAAUUAGAAGAACCUGCUAAAGCCAGCUGAGGGAAAAAAUCAGAAGAACCUGCUAAAGCCAGUUGGGGGAAAAAAUCAGAUUGGCUGAUUUUUUGGCAAAUUGGGCUGUCUAGCAGAUUUGGUCUGCUGAUUUUCUCCUUGGACUUGGUCAUUCCAUGGCAGGCUAAGCUACUGAUGUUACAGGAUCAAGAAGGGGUCAAGGCGUUUAGGAUGAAGAUUAUAAUUCUUUGUAUUUUUUCAUGACUGAUAAAUGGGGAUUGCUUCUUGUAAUUUUUUUGGCAAAAUGAAAUAAAGUGUUUAUUUGUUUGAAAAAAAAAAUAAAAAUAUUAUGCUAUAAUGUAUUGACUACUCUGUGGAGUUGCGUCUGCCUUGUGAGGUUGCUCCAGCUUUGAGGUUGCUGCUGCUUUG